AUGGGGUCUCAUCAAUCUGUCUUGCCAUAUGAGGGUGGGAAAGUUGGAGCAGCAACUGCAGUUAUAAAGAGAGAACAUUUGCGAAUCUGCCCUCAGGAAUAUACAUGCUGCACAUCAGAAAUGGAGGACAAGUUGAGCCAGCAGAGCAAACUAGAAUUUGAAAACUUGGUGGAAGAGACAAGUCAUUUUGUGCGCACUACCUUUGUGUCCCGGCACAAGAAGUUUGAUGAAUUUUUCCGAGAGCUUCUGGAGAACGCAGAAAGAUCCUUAAAUGAUAUGUUUGUACGGACAUAUGGGAUGUUGUACAUGCAGAAUUCAGAAGUGUUCCAGGAUCUCUUCACAGAACUGAAACGAUACUAUACAGGAGGCAAUGUGAACUUGGAGGAGAUGCUGAAUGACUUCUGGGCUCGGUUAUUGGAGCGGAUGUUCCAGCUCAUAAACCCCCAGUACCAUUUCACUGAGGACUACCUUGAGUGUGUGAGCAAAUACACAGACCAGCUGAAGCCAUUUGGAGAUGUACCCAGGAAACUAAAGGUUCAAGUUACUAGAGCUUUCAUUGCUGCACGGACCUUUGUUCAGGGGUUGACCGUAGGCAGAGAGGUUGCAAACAGAGUAUCAAAGGUCAGCCCAACCCCAGGGUGCAUCCGGGCGCUAAUGAAGAUGUUGUACUGCCCUUACUGCAGAGGACUCCCCACUGUGAAGCCUUGCAACAACUACUGCCUCAAUGUAAUGAAGGGCUGCCUAGCAAAUCAGGCUGAUUUGGAUACUGAGUGGAAUCUGUUCAUAGAUGCUAUGCUUCUGGUGGCGGAGAGAUUAGAGGGACCGUUCAACAUUGAAUCAGUCAUGGAUCCUAUUGAUGUCAAGAUUUCUGAAGCCAUCAUGAACAUGCAAGAAAACAGUAUGCAGGUGUCAGCAAAGGUCUUUCAAGGAUGUGGCCAACCUAAACCAGCACCUGCUUUAAGGUCUUCCCGCUCUGUUCCUGAGAACUUCAAUACCCGCUUCAGGCCAUACAAUCCAGAGGAGAGGCCAACAACAGCAGCGGGCACGAGUUUAGAUAGACUGGUAACAGACAUUAAAGAAAAACUGAAGCUUUCCAAAAAGUUCUGGUCAACUUUACCAUACACCAUCUGCAAAGAUGAGAGAGUAACAGCUGGCUCAUCAAAUGAAGAGGACUGCUGGAAUGGGCAUACCAAAGCAAGAUACCUACCUGAGAUUAUGAACGAUGGGCUGACCAACCAGAUCAACAAUCCAGAGGUAGAUGUGGACAUCACAAGGCCAGACACCUUCAUUCGUCAACAAAUCAUGGCCCUACGAGUCAUGACAAACAAACUGAAGAAUGCAUACAAUGGGAAUGAUGUGAACUUCCAGGAUACAAGUGAUGAAACCAGUGGCUCAGGAAGUGGAAGUGGUUGUACUGAUGACAUCUGUCCUACUGAGUUUGACUUCAUCACUACUGAAGCUCCACCUGUUGACUCAGACAGAAGAGAAGUGGACUCUUCAGCAACCCAAUCUAGCCAGUCACUCCUUACAUUGUUCAUGCUCUGCAUUAUCCUUGUACUGCAGAAACAAUGGAGAUAAUCCUAGAUCUGGUCAGAGAGACUGUGUUUUAGCUACAAAAACAGCCAACUUUCUUCUUUUCUUACACUUUUGGACAAAGGACCGUGCCACAAAUACUUACCGUUUUCUAUGAAAAGAGAGCAGUACUGCAACCUACUUUCCUUUUUGUUUUCCCAAAGAGUACGAGGUGCCAGAAUGAACUGCUUCCUCUUUUUUUCAGAAAUGUCUGAAGACAACGUCACUCAGCGUUCUUUCUCAAACCUUUAUUACAGGAGACUUUCUGAGCUUCAUUUUCUUUUAUGCUGCAGCUGUAAAGG